AUGAUUUCACUUAGCCGGGGUCAUAUUCUUAUUGGUAACUUGUGCUUCAUUAUUUUGUUAUUUGUUUAUGUGCACACUAAACUAUCACAACAUGAAAGUCCAUGGCGACCAUUAUCUUCGAAUACCAUGGACUUCGAAUCGCAGUUAAUCGUCAUCUACAAUCGGGUACCAAAAACCGGUUCAACAACGUUCACUAAUGCGGUUGCAUAUGAUUUGUUCAAAGUGAAUGAUUUUAAUGUGAUCCAUUUGAAUAUGACGAAAAAUCGCCAGGUGAUGAGUCUCACCGAUCAAGGUGAAUUCAUCAGAAAUAUUACUUCAUGGAUGGAGAGAAGACCUAGUUUCUAUCAUGGUCACGUUGCCUUCAUUGACUUCUCAAGAUUUGGAUACCCAAAUCCUAUUUACAUUAACAUUGUUCGGGAACCUCUUCAACGUCUGCUUUCUCACUACUAUUUUCUUCGAUUCGGAGAUAAUUAUCGCAUCGGUUUGAAAAGAAGCAGAGCUGGGAACAACGAAACUUUUGACGAUUGCAUUUUGAAAAAUGGACGUGAUUGUGACAUGAGACAAAUGUGGCUUCAGAUUCCAUACUUUUGCGGCCAUCACCACUUUUGCACAGUUGUUGGUAGCAGACUCGCCUUGGAACAAGCAAAAAGGAAUUUGAUCGAUAAGUAUCUUCUGGUUGGGAUCAGUGAACAGUUGCGGGAUUUUAUAGCUAUACUAGAGCGACUAGUGCCUCGUUUUUUCAAAGGAGCUUUGAGCCAUUUUGAUGGUCUCAGCGAAAAUCGUGCACAUUUACGUAAUACGAAACAGAAGUUCCCACCCAACGACCAUACUUUGUCGGUAAUCAGGCGAAAUGAAGUGUACCAACUUGAAAAAGAAUUUUACGACUUUGCAAAAGAGGAGUUUAUGGCAAUCUUCAAGAAAGCUACUAAUGGAACAAAUAACGCCUUGGACGUUGUACGUCUGAAAUCCCAAUAUCACUAUGAAAAAAUCAAGCCGGACCGAGCUAAGCACUUUUGA